GAUCGAACUCAUAGAUAAAAAUAAUGUACUUCUGGAAGAUUUAUCCGAGGGAACAUUCAUUACAAUGGUUUUGGCACCAAUAUUGAACAAAAUUUUCAUUAAAAAUAAGAAAGAUUGGUAUGUCAAGUAUGGGGAGACUUGUCUUAGGGCAAGUGCGGAUGAUCAAAAUUCUCAAAAAAGGGAUGAAGAGCGCCGAUCCCCUGGAAGGAAAAUCGAUGCUAUUGUUAUAAUUAAAGAAGAGAAAGAAGAAUUUUCGGUCACAGAAAUUAGUGGACCCCCAGCUCAGAAAGAUUGGUCACAUUUCACGGGGGAUCGAAUGAAAAUAGUCAAGAUGCUGAAGACGCUCAUGAAUAGAUAUGCAAUGCUUUGUCCAAACUCGGACAUCAGAAUCGUGAAAUUGUAUGGAAUGCAAUUUUACUUAUAUCAGCUUAUUGUCUAUGAGUUUCAACUUAAAUACUCCGAAAUUUACACUGUACGCGAGGUAUUAAAAUUUCCUCUACCACGAACAUGGAAAGACAUGAAGAAAGCUCAUGAAACUGUAAUUGGUUUCUUGAAUUAUGAGCAAUUAUUAUUCAGGAGUUCACAAAAAAUAAAAGAUUUUCUAUGGAUUGAAGGCGAAAAUGAUGAAACUUCUCAGUCUAUGACAACUAGAAUGGUUUAUUCCCCUAAAGGUCCUAAACUUGCCAAGAAAGCGCGAG